GGGAAAGGCCCAUUCAGUAGCUUGCUACUCGGGCCUUUACGCGUCGCCUAUGUGUUGCACUACAACAUGGGCCUGGCGCACCCUCCAAGCCCAGUUCAAUAAUUUCAUCAGCCCAACUUAAUAACAAAAGAAGUUAGGUCAACGCGAUAUGUAUUGACUAUUCUUAGUCAAAAACGGUGUUUUGCACUAUUACAUGGGCCUGGCUUACCCUUGUGAGCCCAGUUCAAUGUUUUCUUCUGGCCCAUCUUUAUAACAAACGAAAUUAGGUCAACGCCAUGUGUAUUGACUAUUCUUAUUCAAAAUUAAACGCAAAGGCCAUAAAUUUAGAGUGUCUCCGCUGUUAUAGGAUUUUACAUGGGAAUGUAAGGUAUUGUGAAAGAGAAGAUUGUUUUAUGAGAAAAGUGAAUAGAAAGUUUGGCCUUAAUUUCUUAUGAUAAGGGUCUUUGUACCUUAUAAAGAGGUAGAGAAAGUAGACAAUAUGUGUACUAACAAUAACAACAAGGGUGAGAAUAAAAAAUCCAAUAAGUUUGAAGUGUGUAACUUUGGAGCAUGGGCUAUGAAUGUGGUAAGCUCUGUUGGGAUCAUCAUGGCCAACAAAGAGCUUAUGGCUCCUCAAGGUUUUGCUUUCGGUUUCGCAACAACUCUGACUGGCUUUCAUUUCACUGUGACAUCCUUGGUUGGUUUGGUGUCAAAUGCUGCUGGUUACUCUUCAUCAAAGCAUGCCAUUCCCUUAUGGGAACUCGUCUUGUUUUCGGUUGUUGCUAAUGCAUCAAUUGCUGGCAUGAACUUCAGUCUCAUGCUCAACUCAGUUGGAUUUUAUCAGAUAUCAAAGCUGAGCAUGAUUCCUGUUGUGUGCAUAAUGGAGUGGAUUCUAAAUGGAAAACAUUACUCAACCAAAGUGAAAAUGGCUGUAGCAGUUGUGGUUAUAGGUGUAGGAGUCUGUACAGUAACUGAUGUCAGAAUUAAUGCCAAAGGCCUUUUAUGUGCUUGUGUAGCAGUUUUCUCUACUUCUCUACAACAAAUUACCAUAGGUACCUUACAGAAGAAGUACUCAAUUGGCUCUUUUGAAUUGCUAAGCAAAACAGCUCCAAUUCAAGCUAUUUCCCUUCUAAUUCUCGGUCCAUUCAUUGAUUAUUGCUUAACUGGAAAAUCCAUAACAAGCUAUAAAUUUUCUCUUGGUGCAUUUAUUUUCAUACUAGUAUCUUGCUCCCUAGCUGUGUUCUGCAACAUAAGCCAGUACCUCUGCAUCGGUCGCUUCUCGGCCACUUCUUUCCAAGUUUUAGGCCACAUGAAAACAGUCUGUGUCUUAACACUAGGUUGGCUUCUCUUUGAUUUGGAGAUGACAAUGAAGAACAUACUCGGAAUGGUGCUCGCCAUUGUUGGAAUGAUCAUCUACAGUUGGGCCAUGGAGGCUGAUAAACAAGCUGCUGCUUCAGCUAAAAGCCUUUCCAUCAUGAAAGAAGAGGAAGAUAUGAAGUUGCUUGUGAAUGAAGGAACAGAAGAGAGUUUAUUAAAAGAUGUUGAGUAUGGUUUGUCUAGAAAAUAGAAAGAAUUACUUCAAAUUUUUUUCUUGGGGCAAAAUGGAUUUCAUUGCUUGAUUUUUAUUUACAAUUUUCUUUUUCUUUUUUUUUUGACAUAACAAAGAUUUAAGUCACAGAAAAUUCUUGCCUAUAUGAUUCAAUCAUUCAAAUAAUACCAAGGUAGGGAUACAUAUAUUUUUUUUUUUGGAGUAUUUCCUCAAUGUUUUGUUGUGAUGUAAUUGAUUCAAGCAAAAAGCAAAUUAGUAUCUUGUGAUUUAUGGGUUCUAAAUGUUAUCAAUUGACAAUUAUUAUUUUUUGUACCU